AUGGCGGUUAAUCACAUUGCUUUGCCUUGCCUUUUUCUUGCGCUUCUUGUAAGUUCAAUUGCAUAUUUUUUCGCGCUGGAAAUAUUUGUUUCAUGUUUUUCGUAACUGCUGAUUCUCUCCACGUCUUUCCUAAUAGGUUAUUGGCGUGAAGAGCCGGGAAGAUUUCGAUGAAAGUUCUUCAGGUAUCGAUUACUUUCAUGCAAGUCAUAAUUGAAAGCUUCAGCACAGCUUAUAUGACACAGAAGACAAAAUUUGUCUUCGCUAGCGCUUUUUAAAGUUCUUUCGUAAGUGUGGUGUAGUCUGAAAUGCGAAAGUUGAUUGGUUGUUGUCAAGGCGUGCUUGAAGCAGUUGGUUUCUUCCGUUUGCCUUCUGCGUCUCACAAAACAUCUGUGCUGAAGUUCUCAAGUAGAAUAUAAAUUUUAUGAAUGUUGUAGGUUGUCAAAAAUCGGUUGAAAUGUCGUAGCUUAGAUUGACAAAGAGUGAGACAGGGGAAGGAUAAAAUGUCAAUGUCUAAAUAUAGCACAUGACAAAAGACGCUACAAUAUUGAAAGUUGGCUGAUUCAUUCGUAGAAUUUGGUUUGCUUACAAAUUUAUCAUCGUACCUUCUUUCAUAUGCCGUGUUGACUAGCCAACUUUGCAACUGUGUUUUUAACUGUCACAACUAGCCAGCGGGGAAUAUUAUAGGGCAUUUUACAAAAGCUGUGAUAACUAUCGUUAUCAAUCGAUUGUCGCCCAUCGAAUAAAAUUAAUUGAACGUUUCUGAUUGUAUUGCGAUUAGAAGAGAACGUAUAUGUAUGGUACAACUUUGAAAUCCUCUCCGACCUUCUUGUUCAUAUUACAAGCCAGUCGAUGCGGAUUCAAUCUCAGCUGAAGGGAGACCAUGACCAUUUUUCUGUUUGACAUCAUAUUCAUAUAAUAGUAAAAAUGUGCGUAAAUUGUUGUAAGGGAAGUAGAAAGCGAUUCUUGGAAAUUAACACUACCCUGGAAUAAAUUAAUUAAUGCGGUCCUUAAUUAAGUGAUGCAGCAUCGAAAACUUUCAAUAUCCAAUAAAAUUGUGGCAAAUAUGCCAUAGAUGAGGGAAACCAACUUUGCUGGCCAAAUUACAGAAAACAGGGCUACUUUUAACCAUCCAUUAAACAAGACAACUCAUUUAGCUAGCUUGCUCUUCCACUGCUGAGCCAAAGGAGCCACUUAAUAUAUUGUUGUAAGAGUUCACACGCAUGUUCCCUCAUCCACUAAUGAGCCUUAUGAGCCAAAUGAGCCACUGAAUAUAUAAAUCAUGGACUAACAUGCUUAAGGAUUAAUCUCAUUCUUUCAUCCACUGCCUGGCCAAAGGAGCCAAACAUUAGCCACCAAAUAUAUAUACCCUAGAUUAUCCCUCAUUCUUUCAUCCACUGCCUGGCCAAAGGAGCCAAACAUUAGCCACCAAAUAUAUAUACCCUAGAUUAUCCCUCAUUAUUUCAUCCACUGCUGAGCCAAACAAGUCAUUAAACAUUGAACUUCUGUAUGACUUAACACAUGUAUUUAUCAUUCCUUGUUUUUUUAUCCACUGCUGAGCAAAAUUAGCCACUGAAGAGAGCCACUGUAUAUAUGUGUUCCUUCAAAAGUGGUCCUGUAUUGUGUAGUUUCCCUGCUUUCCUAACAGAGAGUGCCAUUGUCAAAUAUCUAGAGAAAGGUGACAUUACUGUUCCCUGAGUAGACUUAACAGGCAUUUAUCUUUACAGAUAUCUGCAACCAGGAAAGAAAACCUGGCAGGUGUAUGGCUAUUUUUCCAAGAUGGUACUACAACAGUGCAUGGAAAAACUGCACAAAAUUCAUUUAUGGAGGAUGUCAGGGAAACAAAAACAAUUUCAGGACUAAAGAUGAAUGUGAACGGACAUGCCUACGUAAAGGUUAGUCUAGUGAGUGAGCAGUGCAACAAUAUACUGUUUCAGAGGUUUCAUUAAGAAAUUUAGUUGCAAGGAAACAGUUUAAAGUAACAAGAGCAUAUUCCACAAGUCUGAAAAAAGGCUUUAGCUGAAUUAUUUCCACAUUCUCAGAUGCUUAAUGAAUCAUCUCAAAUACUGUAUUCUUCCACUUUUAACCCUUUAACUCCCAAGAUCUUUUUAGUAAUUCUCUUUACUGCCUGCUAUGCAAUUCUUCUGAUUUUACUUCUGAGAAUUUGGUAUUGGAUCAACUAAUAAUCCCCUAAUUGAUACUUUUCUUGGUUCUCAUCACUUGCUGUCUUGAUUUUGUAUUGAUAUUGUAAGGAGAAAUUCUGCCUGAGUCACUCAUGAGAGUUUAAGGGUUAAUUAAGUUCUCAAAUGUAAUUGUUCAGUGCCAUUGGUUAUUUAUUUAGUAUAUUUUUUUUCUUUUAGGAGACAAUAAAUUAAAGACCUCUGCUGAAGAACCAGUAGAUGAAGAAUAUGACGAAGAACCCUGCAGAGAAGCAUUAGAAGGCUCAAUUCCACUGAAAAUAAACUGUUUCAAAGCAAAGCUGUUUUAUAGAGGGCUCUGUCGACCAUCCCAAGGUACACCUGUUCAGCAAUCUCCAUUUGAUGUGAAGCACAUUCUGGCCUGUAAGAAAGCUGGUUACUCUUUGCCACUGAAGUGCUCUUUACAUAUACAUCACAGCAAGUGGACAUGUGUGGAUAAGUCAGGAAAGAAGAUUAAUUUGGAUUUUGCUAGUACAUGUGGCUUUAAUCUCUGUCAUAAACAUCAUUAAGGACACUUGUGUUGGAAUGGCUCCUUAACAAAAAGUUGUAUUCAUUUCAUUAUAUUAAUCGUUUGUGCCACAUUGUAAUGACACGUGUACUUUUCUAGAAUGUUAAAAUUUGGAGUUUUUCAUAGAAAUUUUCUUUUUUUCUGUUUUUAAUAAAUUGUUAAACUAAAUGACAGAUUGAGCCAAGUUGUAAUUUAGAUUUUUUUAUGUCAUAUACCCGUCCUCUGUGUUACACAGGGACAUUAAAGUUAAACUCCUUCCUUAGUGCAAUGUUGUUAUGACUAAGGAACAAGACUUGUAAUGAAUAGUAUUUCUUUGCAUUAUUUAAGAUAUUUAUCUGGACAUAUUUAUCCUGAAUGUUAACGAUGUAACAACUUCAUAUGUAUGAAUGAAUUCUAGCAAAGAAUAAUAAAUGUUUAGUUUAUAUAACACAAUUGUUAGUAAGAGUCACUUGUUCACCUGCAUUUGUAACAUGCAGCUGCUGUAAACUUGAAUAUGCUAAUUGUGAAUUGCUACGCCAUUGGUGAGCAAUGAUGCUGAUGGGAAACACCAAAGCUCAACAGAGGACUGUAACAAAUAUUUGUCGAGAUCUAUUCCCUCGGAUUUCCCAUCCUUAACGUUUUCAGAUUUUACCAGUACAGAAAACAACAACAACAGCAAACUAAAGUUCUACUGGACACACAUUGUCCAUGGUAUUUAAGUAAUCCUUUAAUUUACCUUCUACUCAAUGUCACAUCAGUGAAGUAUGUAGUAUUGACAUCACUGAGUUGCUCAAAAAUUGUGUUAAAACUGCUUUUCCUGGCAGUGCCCCCAUACAGUUACCCUCUCAAUUCAAUUAAAGUUUUCCUUAUUCCUAUCAACACCCCAUGUCAUGGAAUCUUCUUUCCUUUGUAAACCUCCAGCCUGGAAAUGACAUGCCUUUGGAAAGAGCAUUGCCAUGCAGCUCAUUAACCCCAUACACCAUAAAAGUGACCAGAGUCUAG